AUGGCUACUGAAUUGACCGUGCAGUCUGAAAAGGCUUUCCAAAAGGCUAAGGCCUCUAGAAGAACCAAGAGAUGGUACAAGGACGUCGGAUUGGGAUUCAAGACUCCUAAGGCCGCCAUCGAGGGUACUUACAUUGACAAGAAGUGUCCAUUCACCGGUACCGUCUCUAUCAGAGGUAGAAUCCUGACCGGAACUGUUGUGUCCACCAAAAUGCACAGAACCAUCAUCAUCAGAAGAGACUACUUGCACUACAUUCCAAAAUACAACAGAUACGAGAAGAGACACAAGAACCUCGCUGCUCACGUUUCUCCAGCUUUCAGAGUCCAGGAGGGUGACAUUGUUACUGUUGGUCAAUGUAGACCAAUCUCCAAGACUGUGAGAUUCAACGUUGUGAAGGUUGCUUCUUCCAAGGCCAAGGCCAAGGCUUUCACCAAGUUCUAA